UCGCUCGCGGACAGCGGACGUUAUCGCGCGUCAGUUAGAGCCCUCGCGGCUGAACUGAUCUGAGCGUAACUUUACUGAGUGAUAGUUCAUUACACCGGCAGAAAAUCCCCCUGGGUGAUAAGCCGGCUAGUGAAGUGAUCGAAGGAAUUAGAAAAGUGGUGUGCGGCAGGCGUCUCCGGCGCUGCGCGAGGCGCUCACCCUGCUGCGGGAGGCCUGGCCCGAGCCCGCCGCGCUCGCCGACCGCUGCAGCUGGCGAGCAGCUAGCGCGUGUGACAGCGACACGGACGGCAUGUGGAAGGGAGAGCUGCCCGCGCGCCCCGCGGCCUCGCCCGGCUUGCUGCGCCGCCGCUACUCCGUGCCGGAGACUAUUAUGAGAAAGUAUCGCUUAGCACAACAAAAAUCUGAUAUGGAGGAAGCCGGACAAAGCAGUGCCUCACCGGCUUCUACGGCGGCGCGAGGAACCUGCCACUGCUGUGGACCUCGAGGAUCUCGACGAGAUCGAGACCCAAUGCGAAAAUCCGCCCUCCUUCGCCUAUGGGGACGAGCUGGAGCCUCCCCGGUCAGAGCAUGUUGCUGUCCACCUGGAACCCGCUCAUUAGACGGUUCACAUUCUGAACUGAGAACGCCACGUUGUCUAACUCCAAAACGAUUGCGACUUGACUCGUCCCGUGAUCGAGAAGGUGCGUUAAAAACGCACACAUCCGCUCUGUUGACUUAUUCGGAUCCACCACCUGAGCUCACAACUAGCAUAACUUCAGAGAAAACGGAAUCACCGACAUAUUCAGACCGAACAGCUCUUUUGACGGACAUUACUUCUGAUUGCCAAACGAGCUUGCAACCUGAACAUUUAACGUACGCUGUAUCAGAUGGCGGCUCAUUCACUGACUCCUCGGAAACAUUUACAACCUCUAUGCCUACUACAAAAGAGACUGAAUUUGAUAACCAAAAAUGUUGUUCUCUAAUGUCAAAUGGUAGUUACAUUGAUGGUCGCAUAAGUGAAAGGUCAGUAAGUGCUGAAAACAAUGACAGUAAUCUAGUUCCAUUUGAUCAACAGUUAUCUAUCGAUACUCAGAAAUAUGAUAUACUUGAGAUAGUAGUAUCUGAAACAUUAAAUGUUCAACCAACAACAGCUGUAAAAUCUGUAGUAAAUGAAAAGGUAUCCAGUCCGAUCAGGAGUGCAGUAUUAAAUAAACGUAAACAAAAUGUCGAUAUCGAUGAAUAUGUAUCCAAUAUACUUGUGGAAAGUCUAAAUUCCCUAACGGACCAGCUUGAAUCAAUGAAUGCAUCUAUGGGUUAUGACAAAAAACUUAAUAUCGUAGAAAAAGAGAUAAAAGUGAAAUUACAAAAUACGGGAGUUAAUACAAUAGUGCACCUAAGCCCAACAUCUAAUAAUCAAAUUAUUUUUGGUAAUGAAGAACUCUGCAAUAGUGAUGAUAGACAUGACAAUGAAAACAAUCAACGCAAAUUAAGUAGCGUAAAUAUACGCGAAAGUGUUUUGAGUACCGAAACAAACAAUAAUUUAACAUCGUCAGAAAGCAUGAGAGAUAAUAACUCCAACCAUAGUCAUCAACAACAAAAAGGUAAAUUUUUAAAUAUAACCAAUACGGAAAAUGUAAAUAAAUCAAUUUUACAUCAAAUACAAAAACUAUUCAAGGACGAAUUUCGAAGAAAUGACCAGGCUGAAAAUCCUUUACCCGAAAUAUCACACAUUGAAAUAUCUAAUGUUGAUGUAUUUUUAAACGACAACGCCGGUGACUACAGGAAUUCUGAUACAAUCGAAAUUCAAACACAAGCUAAUCAAGAUAACGGAGAGGUACUAGGAGGGGUCGGUACUGGUAAUUAUUAUGAAGAACUUGAAGAAAAUACUCUAGUUCCGAGAUUUUCAGCGUUGCCUCAUAGUGAUUCGAUGGAAGUAAAUACUUCAUCGUCAGAUGAUACUGAGAUCUUAGGUUCUGAAUGCACAAGUCUUGUCGACAGCUUAGACGAUCCUAACUCACCGAGGUCAAUACUCUUGCGUCGAGCUUACACAAAUAACAUAAGAAGUGAACUAGUCCGUUCAUCAAUCGAUGUACUAGACCUUUUACCAGAGAACACCAGCCAAGAUGAUAUUCAUUCACCAAAAGAAAAAGGAGAAGCCUUCUUUAUAAGAAUUAAAGAUGAUAACUGUGAUUGUGAAAAAGAAAAUAUAGUUGUAGCAGAUCAUAUGCCUGAAACCAUUAAGCAGAGAUUGUAUAGAAGGCAUAGAAAGAGAGAACAGAGAAUGGAAUGCGUAAGACGAAGUAAAGUGAAACAAUUAAAAAAAGAUAUCAUCAAACAAAAGCACAAUGAGAUUUACAAGUCUAAGAAAGAAAUAGAGAAAGAAUGCAUGGCUAUCAUAAAUACAUUAAUUGAAGAUGUUAUAGCUAAGAUUGCUCAAGAUGAGUAUAAAUAUAUGCGAAUUAAGCAACGGUCUAACAACGUACCUACGACUAAGUCAGAAGAAAAUUUGAAUAGACGUGUAUGGAAAAAAGAAAAUGAAUCAAAUAGGAAAUCCAAUAAAAGUAAGAUGGUUCAUUCACAUUCUUGUUAUGAUUACACCAGUAAGGAUUUAAAAGCGGAAAGAUCUAAACGCAGCAAGCAUUCUUCACAACUAAAUACACUGAGCACACCAGAAGAACAUAUACCAAAAAGAAUAUAUCAAAAGUCCGAAAUACACGAUGGAAACAACUGUAUAGAAAUACUAGAAAUAUUAGAAUAUGUAAAUAAUUCACAAAGUUCCACGGAAACUACAAAUUCAGAUGAAAAUCAUAAUGGCUGUCAAAUAAAAAAUAAAAAGUCUAGAAUCCCUAUACCUGUAUAUGAAAGGAUUCAAAGGAUACCGAAAGGUAGUUCUCACAUGAAUAGUAAAAAUACCUGUGGACGUACUCCACCGUUACUUUCACGCGAACGCAGUGAAAAGACACAACAUUUACUGACAUCCAUGCUAUUGGAUGUUUUUCAUGAAGAUAAUGAUCCGAUUCAAGACAUACCCAUCCGCCGCAAUGCAGUGCCUUACGAACCUCGAACGAGGUCUAACUCAUUAAGGUUUCAAAACUCUUUCGAUAUUAUACCUGAAGAGAAGAGCAGUUUAAGUAUGGAGUCGACUGGAGAGGACCUAGCUUGUCGCCGAGCCUCAGCACCCAGUUUAGGUGAUAGUCUAUUGACUGAUCAAGAAGAGCAACCUAAAAAAAGCCCGUCUCCAAAGAAACUAACAAGAUAUAAAGACCUCAAGAGUGCAGGAACGUCACCUAUGCCCGAUGUGUACAAAACACAAAGUCACGCAGCAGCAAUGACUUCACCGAUUCGUAAAUCUGCUUCAACUAGUCCAAUACGUUUAGGUAUUUCAAAUAAUAAAGGAAACAAUGGAACGCAACACGUAAGCCAGCCGCGGCCCCUGCAGCGUCGGGACGAUGAAGGUAUAGCGCGCACAUUCGCACCGCCGCUCGUUGUCCAACGCACUGCUUCAACUAUUUUCGUAGAGUUUUAUUUAUCUCAAGGUUCAGAAAGACGAAAGUCACUCACCACGCAGUACGAAGAGCAGAUAAGAAAUAUACAAAGCGAUCCGGAAGGGAGGCGAGAACGUAAAGUAAAAACUCACAAUUGCCUUAAAGACAAUAAAAUUAACGAGGUUACGAAAGAAAGGAGACGCAAGUCUGACAGAGUAAAAGAUACAAGUAUUAAAGAUAGAUACGAAGAAAAGGUAUUGAGUAAGAAUAUGUAUCAGAAGAAAAAAAGCAGGUCAGAUCGCAGUGAGGUCGGAUCGGAAGGGAGUAGGGACGAUAGAGAUGGCAGUUCGAGCUCGAGCGAGUCGGGCGGCAGUCUGCUCUGCUCGCUGGCCCCCGCUUGGCUCAGUGCACGGAGGCGAAGACGAAGAGCUGCAAGCAGUUCAGGCGACUGGGCGGUGACGGUGGCGGGCUCGUGCGCCGCCGCGCUGCCCAACGACGUGGAGAUGCGGCUGCGCUUCCCCGACCCGCACGCGCGCGCGCCCCACCCGCCCCGCGCCCCGCCCUCCUUCAGCGCUGUGGAAUGCGGCACUGACUGCAGCAGGGCGUCCCGCGCGCCGCCGCACGCGCCGCACGCGCCGCACGGGCCGCACGCGCCGCACUCGCGCCGGCGCACGAGUGACGACGCAGGCAGACUCACGCUCACUGUGAAGAAAGAGGCGUCUGAUUCUUCAGUUCUUGCAUCUAAGAGCGUGAAGAAAUCUUCUGACCUUCUGCCUGAUUUAGAGACAUUCCGGGCUUCAAGGUGUAAAACUAAAAGUUCUCUUAAGACGCGUCGGGGGUACUCCCUUCACUGCUGGCUUCCAGAAGAAGAUCCUACGCAGAUAAGGGCACGUAACGGGUUAUCGGUGCUGGGCAGCGCCAUCGUGCCGGAGCAGAAGCCGCGCGUGCCCACCAUGAGCGAGCGCGACCUCACUCGCCUGUGCGCGCCGCGACGCCGCUUCUCUUGCGUGCGACCGUGAAGUGAUGUUACAGAGCACGUAACGGCGUAUCGGUGCUGGGCAGCGCCAUCGUGCCAGAGUUAUUUCAAAAACAAUUUCUAUACAUAAUAUGGAGAAAAAUGAAUCUUUGUACUUAAAUAAAUAUUUCAUAUUUUACAAAAUUAAAAUGUAUAUACUUAA